UCUCAUCUCUGAGUAUUAGUAAGCAAAGAGAAAAAAAUAAUAAUCAGCAUCAUCAUAUUAAUAAUAAUGCGAGAAUGUAUUUGCAUUCACAUUGGCCAAGCAGGAACUCAGAUUGGCAAUGCAUGCUGGGAGCUCUUCUGCCUGGAGCAUGGCAUUCAGCCAGACGGUUUAAUGCCCAGUGAUAAGACCAUCGCAGGAGAGGAUUCCUUCAACACCUUCUUCAGUGAGACUGGUGCUGGCAAACAUGUGCCCAGAGCCAUCUUUUUGGACCUGGAGCCCACAGUUAUCGAUGAAGUUCGAACUGGAACUUACCGCCAGCUCUACCACCCCGAGCAACUGAUCACUGGGAAGGAGGACGCGUCAAACAACUAUGCCCGCGGUCACUACACGAUCGGCAAAGAGGUGAUCGACCUGGUCCUUGACCGGACUCGUAAGCUGUCUGACCAGUGCACCGGACUCCAGGGCUUCCUCAUCUUCCACUCCUUUGGAGGGGGAACCGGCUCCGGCUUCACCUCACUACUGAUGGAACGUCUGUCUGUCGAAUACGGCAAAAAGUCAAAGUUAGAGUUUGCCAUUUAUCCUGCGCCUCAGGUGUCCACAGCUGUGGUAGAGCCCUACAACUCCAUCCUGACCACCCACACCACCCUGGAGCACUCGGAGUGUGCCUUCAUGGUAGACAACGAGGCCAUCUACGACAUCUGUCGCAAGAACCUGGACAUUGAGCGCCCCACCUACAGCAACCUCAACAGGCUCAUGGCUCAGAUUGUCUCGUCCAUCACCGCCUCACUGCGCUUUGAUGGAGCCUUGAACGUGGAUCUGACAGAGUUCCAGACCAACUUGGUGCCGUAUCCACGUAUCCACUUCCCCCUGGCCACCUACGCCCCAGUGAUCUCAGCAGAGAAGGCCUAUCACGAGCAGCUCUCUGUCGCUGAUAUCACCAACGCCUGCUUCGAGCCGGCCAACCAGAUGGUCAAAUGUGACCCGCGGCACGGCAAGUACAUGGCGUGCUGCAUGCUGUACCGAGGCGACGUGGUGCCCAAAGACGUUAAUUCAGCUAUAGCCAAUAUUAAAACUAAACGCACCAUCCAGUUUGUGGACUGGUGCCCAACUGGGUUCAAAGUCGGGGUCAACUACCAGCCUCCAACCGUGGUUCCAGGAGGCGACCUGGCCAAGGUGCAGCGGGCAGUGUGCAUGCUGAGCAACACCACCGCCAUCGCCGAGGCCUGGGCCCGACUGGACCACAAGUUCGACCUCAUGUACGCCAAGAGGGCCUUCGUCCACUGGUACGUCGGCGAGGGAAUGGAGGAGGGAGAGUUCACAGAGGCGCGAGAAGACAUGGCCGCCCUGGAGAAAGACUACGAAGAAGUGGGCACAGACAGCGUCGGAGAUGAAGGAGAGGAUGAGGGAGAAGAAUACUAACUUGAAGCUUAUUGUCGGAGCUAUGAGCACUGCACUGCAAGACCACAGACACAUCUGUGUCUGCUGGCCGUGGUUGUAAGACUGCACUCCAGUCCUCCCAGCCCCGCCCCCGAUGACGUCACCCCACGUUCAAUUUCCUCGUCGGAAGACGGGAAGAUUCUCACCAACCCAAGUUUACAAUCCAAGAGCACUUCCCCGAACAUAAACGAAAUACACCAAUCGAAACAAAAACAUUCCCCCAAUUGGCGGUUUUCCUUGCUGUAAAUGGAAGGCACAUUUAUUAAGAGGUUGCUCAUACUCAGGCAACACAAGCUUGAGAACAGCUUUCCUCGGCACCUUCUUGUCCCACCUCGAUAAUUACAACACACUGACCUCGGCUGUGAGGUCACUUCCCAGCUCUGACUUCUAGCCUCCGAGGUAACAGGAACCACUGCAUCUGUAUUCCCACACUUUCGUGACCGUACUGGAUACUUUGGAACAACUAGCAUGGUGCAUGAGCGUGGCUACUAUGACACACACCCGUGUGUUCUGGAAGAGAUUUAAGAUCCAGUCCAAGUACAAUUGAGAAUAUAUAUAUGUCUGUCCAAUGUUCUCAAAGGCAGAAUGUCGGGACAAACGCACAUUGAAUUUCAACAACAAUAACUGUUGGCAAGCAUCUGCCUUACAUAGACUAGCCUCGCAUCCCUGUUGGUUUUGGUGCAUAAAAAAUGGGGAAAAUUUGGAAUAAUGACUGGAAGAUAUGACGAUGCCAAGGUUCACAUCAAUCGAAUGGUACAUGGAGCCCACAGGACGUCUGGCUCUCACAUGUUGAACUGCCAGUCCGAAAACAGUGUCGCAGCACUACCUCAGUCACACCGUGGUGGAUACUGUCUUACCUGUCUUCGAGGACCAAGCCGCACUGGACACAGCGGAGGUCAAGCCUGCCUUUAUAUUGAGGAGAGUGCCGCCUCCUUCCACCUUCUUUGAAGAGGAGCAUUGACUUGACUUGACAGCCAUUUGGCUUGGGUCGUGAGGUGUCUAAGCCGUUGCAACAUCAAGCCUUUGCUGCAUCACCAUUCUUCGGUGCGUGUUUAUCAAAACAGCACUGACCUUUACACUGAAGGGUCGAGCACACGCCGCUUUUGUUUGACUUGACUUUGUUUGGAAGGUCGCACUUUUGUCUCAUUGCAUAUGGAUUUGACCCCAAGCUCAUGGAUUCCAAGUGUGAGGUUCAGUUUCAUGCUGAGGACCUCGGCCGCAUCCCGUCCAGCUCCCCACGAAAAGGUCACUUUGGCUGAUCGGAUUAGACAUUUUCCUCCUGCUCCGAAUCUCCCCAUCAGCCAUCGUUCAGGCCAGUGGUGAACACCGCACGUCAGUCUGGUGCCGUUUGAUUCAGCCGACAGCCCAUCGGCUGAACCUAUAUGCGCUUGCAGGGUUGGAACAAAACUCCCACUUCGCUGCGGCCCUUUUGCAGAUCAGUUUGACUGAUUCAUAAGCAACAUUUAAUCAUUUAAAUGAGUCACACUCAGUAAAAUAAAUCUGUACUACACUGCAUUACUACUUUCAUAACACAUCCAAAUUCAUUUCCAAGUCUUCACAGAAGACGUUAUGAAUGUUCAUCAUCAUGUAUGGUGACAUAGGAGAAGGUUUAUAAAACACAAGUGGUGGUUUUAAUAAAGUAAUAAAGCCUUUACCAUAAGCCUAAUGCUAACCACACAGGAUGAUAUUAGAAACACAAUAACAACAUUCUUAUAAGACUUAAUAACCUUGUCAUAAGUUGACACACAUGAAUAUGAACAUUCAUAACAUCGAAAUAAAUCCUUACAAAUGUAGUAAUAAUGCAUGAGAGAUAAGGCCAUUCAGUACUAAUUCUCUCCCAUAUAACGUGUUGAAAUUAAAACCUCAGAUGACAUAAGAAUGAAGAGAUAUUCUAAUUCAGUCUGAAAUAUGAACAAAAAUGUGACAGUGUCGGGAUAAUGACGACGACAGACAACGGAACCACAUUAGUUUAUGUUGCUUCGUCUCCAACACUGGAGUCCAGGGGGCAAUUCUGUCAUGACAAUUGUUGCUCAUGUUUCUAUGUACACUUGGAUGUUUUUGCACCACUCAAACACAAGAGGGCGCUUCCCUGCAGACUUCAGCCUCCUCGUGGUUAACAGAGCUGAAUCAGCAUUAAAAAUAAA